AUGACUUCAUCAUCAGGUUCAGUCAAUGCCCUUGAAGAAGAUCAAUUCAUAGAUCCCAUGUCUUUGAUUCAGUCGAGGGUAUCACAAGAGGAUAGAUCAGAGACCAAUGAGGAAAUUACAGAUGAUCUCCUGAGGGUAGUAAUAACACUAUCAGUAGAAGAACAGAUCAAGGAACAUAACUCCCUAAUCCAUAUAGGGAGUGACACAGAGGAGGAUGAGUUUGAUUUGACCCAACUUCGAGCUAAUGACAAUGGGUCAAACACCAUAGAGAUCUUUCGGUCCAUACGUUCCAAGUAUUACGAACGUUUAGAAGCAGGAGAAUUUGGGGGCCCUGAUGAAGAACCUGAUGAAGAGCCGAGUGAAGGGGAAAUCAAUGAUGAUGAUGAUGAUGAUGACAAUGACGAUGACGAUGAGGAAGCGGACGAAGAUUUGAACAAUGAUAAGGAAUAUAGACAAUUAUCUAGACUGGGAUGA